AGUCAGCUACAAGAUGGUAGCAAUUUGACAUGAUGAACUUUAUUCGUUUCCGAAAAUUUGGCGCCCGUCCAUUUAUAUGUUUGAAGAUGCUUAUGCUUGCUUUUUGGUGGAAUGAGAAUGAGAAUGUCAUCAGUACUCUCCCUGAAAGUAUUAUAAAAGAGCAGCAGCAUCACCUGGGGCGAGUGAAGCAUGCAGCAUACGAUACGAAUACGUGAGCAAGUGCCCUCCUUUUUAUAGCCAGCGACAAGAACGAACGCAGGGGAAUCGAUAAUAAUUAAACAACGACAUGGCGGCAGCUUAAUCCUCUCCCCGUCCCCCAUCAAUCAAUCGCCAUUAAUUAGUUGCUUUUUUUUUGUUGCUAAAUCGGAGGAGGGAAUGGAGCAACUGAGCAAGGAGCAGAUCGCCGAGUUCCGGGAGGCAUUCAGCCUCUUCGACAAAGAUGGGGACGGGACGAUCACGAGCAAGGAGCUGGGGACGGUGAUGGGGUCGCUGGGGCAGCAGCCGACGGAGGCGGAGCUGCAGGAGAUGGUGGCGGAGGUGGACGCCGACGGGAGCGGGAGCAUCGACUUCGACGAGUUCCUGAGCCUCCUCGCGCGCAAGCUCCGCGACACCGAGGCCGAGGACGACAUCCGCGACGCCUUCCGCGUCUUCGACAAGGACCAGAACGGCUUCAUCACCGCCGACGAGCUCCGCCACGUCAUGACCAACCUCGGCGACCGCAUCUCCGACGACGAGCUCGCCGAGAUGCUCCACGAGGCCGACGGCGACGGCGACGGCCAGAUCGACUACAACGAGUUCGUCAAGCUCAUGAUGGCAAAGUUCGCCAAAUCCCCCCUUCUUUUUUUUCCCCUUCCUGUCGUUUCAAUUGCUCGAUUCAUCUCUUUGAAACUGAACCUGAGCAUUGCAAUCUUUGCACUGCAUUCAUCAGAUGAAUUUGAGCUGAAUGAUUGAUAUUUAUAUGCAGGAGAAGGCAGAAUAUGAUGGAUGGUCAUGGAAGCGGAGGUCACCGGUCGAAUCGCUCCGACCGGAAAUCCGGCUGCUGCGGCCCCUCAU